CGGAAACAUACUAUACUGUAAGUACGCAUAGACUAUCCUUAAUAUAUCACAUUUAGUGGUAGCAAACCAUAAACUUUAAUAUGAGCAUGCGCAUAACAUGAAAUACUAUAAAUCAAUAUUUCCUAAUAUUCAUUUUGAAAGUGCUUUCAUACAAUGAAUUGGAAGGGAUCUUAAACGUCAAUGACUGGCUUACUACCACCAUUCAAAUUGUGAUCACAGAAUCUGUUAUGCAUAAGGAUUCCAGGGUAUAAUGUAGAAUUAUUUCAACCGGUCUCAGACGUAAAAAGAAUACUGUCGGAAUCUGAAAUAACAGUCAGAUGUGGCAAUACCUUUCAUAUUUUCGGAACACUUUCUUUCUUAUUAGUGAAAUUAAAAAGAUCAUUAUUUGCCGGACAGAUAUAUUUAUUUCCUUUAGUAGUGAUACACUGAUACAAUUUAGAUGUGCUUGUUUAUAUCUUUAGUAGAUCAUUAAUUGAUAAAAAUUUUAGAGCAGAUAUAAAUGAAAAAGUCAAAUAGAUAUUUUGAGAAAUAAUCAUUUAUUGAAUUUAUUUAGUACAAGAACGAUUUGAAUACGAAAAAUGGAAGUCUCCGGUCAAAAAGCGUUAAAAGACAAAAAUAUUGAACACUGCAGUUUCUGUGAAGAUUAUGAUAUAACAACAUAUGCUGAUGGGUAUUGCUUGGAAUGCGAAGUCUACAUUUGUGAUGCAUGUUUUGUCAAACAUAAAGGACGAAGAGUUAAUAGAAAUCAUUCUCUAGUUAAUGUUGAGGAUUCAAAUUCAGUCAAAGCAAAAGUUGAUGAUACAUAUGAUACAUGUCAAUAUCAUAUUGGGGAACCUGUAAAAUUUUAUUGCUCAAAACACGAUCAAGUUUGCUGUGGUGAUUGUACAGUUUUAAAUCACAAUGGAUGCAAGAUGGAGUUCAUCAGCAAGAAAGCUGAAACCUUUGAAAAUAGUCCUGAUUGUAAAAAUCUUAGAGAGGGGUUAAACAAGUGUAAGACAGAGGCUGAAGAUAGUGUAUCCUUGAUAGCAACCAACAGGCAACAGCUUUCCGACUUAUAUGAAACAUUUGUCCGAGACGUGGAGACAUUUGCAGGAAAAAUUCUUGAGCGUAUAAACUCGAUGAAGAAAAAAGUUCUAAAUCAAGCUAAAGACGUUAUGUUGAAUAACAAGAGAAAAAUGGACGAUAUUCAGAAGGAAACCAACGACUUGAUAGCUGAAAUAUCACACCAAAUAAGUCUACUAGAUUCUAAAAAGGAUCAACCUAACAAGCUGUUUGUUACUUCACUACUGGUCAAGCCGGAAUUGAAAAGGACGCAACAUAAUAUUGAUAUCAUAAAGAAGAAAAACGCUGUGACCAAAUAUAUAUUCAAGCGAGAUCAAAAACUAGAGGAAAUGAUGAAAGAAAGCAAGGGGAUCGGACUACUUCUUGAACACCAGGAAACAAGUAAUCUGUAUCAAAAGGAAUAUAAACAAACUAGUUCUGUUGAAGAGGCCAAAGUUAAGGAUCCUUUAUACAAGGUUGAGACAAAAGUAUCUCCUGGUGAGUUAGAAGAUUGUGACAUAUGUCUUUGUGGAAUCACAGAACCAAAGCGUCUAUAUUGUGGCCAUGCCUUUUGUAAAGAAUGCAUAGAGCAACAGUCAAAGUUUGCUGAGAAAUGUCCGACAUGUGCACAUGUCUUUGGAGAAAUAACAGGGGAUCAGCCAGAUGGUACAAUGGAUGUUUAUGUAAAACGUUACCCACAGCUUUCAGGAUAUUAUUCAUGUGACACCAUUGUCAUAACAUACACCUUCCAAGAUGGUAAACAAAGGGAAAAUCAUCCUAAUCCAGGCAAAUGGUACAAAGGUAUACAAACGCGAGCAUACCUACCUGAUACCAAAGAAGGUAGAAAGAUUGCUAAAAUGCUGAAAGUGGCAUUUGAAAGGAAGCUUGUGUUUACCAUUGGUAGCUCUAGAACUACAGGCCAGGAAGGUGUUAUCACAUGGAAUGACAUUCAUCAUAAAACGGAUUCUAGACCUCAUACACAGUUUGGAUAUCCAGAUCCAACUUAUCUGGAACGAGUUAAGGAUGAACUGGCUGCAAAAGGAGUGACAGAAAAUGACAUUUCAGGAGUAAUAUUGUAAAAAAAUCAAGAAAGCUAGAAAAAAUCAAGUUUUAGAAUGAUUAUUGAUAUAAAAAAUCAAAACAGUAUUUUAGUAUGUGUUUUCUGCAGUUUGUAUGCAUUUAUCAGUGUUACAAAGUUUUGAUAUUUCUUCUUGAAAAUCUUUAGUAUAAAAUUAUUCUUACUUUGAUAUAAUUUUUAGCUUUAACUCUUUGUAUUCCAUCAAUAAACAGAAUGUAUUCAAUCAAUAAACAAAAUACAUAUUUACUGUAAUAGCAAAGACAUUUUCAUUGUUUGUAUCAGUCAUUAUUAAAAGCUGCUUUCCUCAAGGGUUUUCUAGAUUUGUUUUCUUUUAAAUUAAACUGUAACUUACUAAUCAGAUAAAUUGUUCUAAAAUAUGAAAAAAAAAACAAUAAAGAAAAAUGAAACAAAAAAGGUAACUGUAAAAGGUAAUAGAUAAUAAAGAGAUAAUUGUCCAAGAUUAAUGUUUAAU